CGUAACGUUUACUACUUAUCUUGGUUGUUCCUUCCACUUAUGGCUCUCACAAUUUCAAAGCUCUUCACUUUCAACCAUUUCCAAGGCUGAAUAAUCCAAGCUUGUAGAAUUCAGUUUCAAAGGUAGUGCUGUUUAUUUGUUGCUGAGGAGAAGAGAGGUAAAGACAUUGGCUAUGACUACUAGGUUUCCUGGAAUUGACAAUGAAUUGCAGAAGAUUUUGGAUGCUAAUAUGGAUCAUGUUUCUGCUAGAAGACAAGCUCGUCAUGCCUUUAAGGAUAUUCAGCUUGGGAUUGAUCACAUACUCUUUAAGGCACCAUGUGAUGGACUAAAAAUCAAGGAGUCAUACGAGGUGAACUCAAGAGGCGUAGAAAUCUUCUACAAGAGUUGGCUUCCUGGAGCUGCCAGACCAAGAGCAGCUGUGUUUUACUGUCAUGGUUAUGGAGACACGUGCACCUUUUUCUUUGAAGGAAUAGCUAGAAAAUUGGCAUGUGCUGGAUAUGGAGUUUUUGCUAUGGAUUAUCCAGGAUUUGGUCUUUCAGAAGGUCUUCAUUGCUAUAUUCCUAGUUUUGAUUCACUGGUUGAUGAUGUAAUCGAGAUUUACUCCAAAAUCAAAGCAGAAAAUCCAGAAAUUCAUUCUCUUCCAAGCUUCCUCUUUGGACAAUCCAUGGGUGGAGCUGUUGCUUUAAAGAUGCACCUUAAACAACCAAAGGCAUGGGACGGAGCCAUUCUUGUUGCACCUAUGUGUAAAAUUGCAGAUGAUAUGGUUCCUCCAAUGUUGCUAAAACAGAUUCUUAUUGGCAUAGCUAAUAUUCUACCAAAGCAAAAGUUAGUUCCACAGAAGAAUUUAGCAGAGGCAGCAUUUAGAGAUCUGAAGAAGAGAGAAAUGACAGCCUAUAAUGUUAUUGCUUACAAAGAUAAACCACGGCUGUGGACUGCGGUCGAAAUGCUUAGAACUACUCAAGAAAUCGAACAGAGAUUGAAAGAUGUGUGUUUGCCAUUGCUAAUCCUUCAUGGCGAGGCUGAUAUUGUGACUGAUCCUUCAGUGAGUAAAGAAUUUUAUGAGAAAGCUAGCAGCUCAGACAAGAAGCUUAAACUUUACAAAGAUGCUUAUCAUUCUCUUCUUGAGGGUGAACCUGAUGAAAUGAUAAUCCAAGUUUUUAGUGAUAUCAUUUUAUGGCUUGAUGAUCACACCUUGAAACAUUCUUCUUCUUCCACAUCUAAAUAAUUUAUGUUCUGUGUUUCCUACAAAUAUUAAGAUUGUUCUUGAGAUGGAGAAUUGUUUGUAUAGAUUUUUUUUUUAUUUUAAAAAAUAAAAUAAAAUUUCCGA